CCAUCGCAAGAGACGAUGAGAUGGAGUCGGUCACCCUCUGGUGCCUGUCGGCAGCAUUCGGAGGUGGUGCCCAGCAGUUACCGCAACGUUUACCCUAGGCGGCCGCAGCACUUUAUCCAUACGCCCCAUCAUCACAGUUCCGGACCAGGGCAUAGAUUAGACUGGACCGAAGCACAGGAUACCUACAUCUGUUGCGCUUACAGCCCUCGAUGUUUUAUCAUUCAAAAGGUAAAGCCAUCUAGUCAAAGCUCUGAAGAUAUAUGUGAAAAAGAAUCCGUAAACAGUACUAAUAUACAAGACGAUGAUACACUCAUAUCAACUUUUCCCGUAGAGCCUGUUGUACCUACCAAUAAUGACCAUGUCUCCAACAUUCAUCCUGGCAGUUACCAGAAUCAAACAACUGCAGAGCAAUGCAGCUCAAGUAACUUUCCCCUCCAUAAUCUAGAAACAGGUGACACUGACGCUAAAGUUCCAAUUAUAUCUUUAGACAUGGAAGAAACAAAUACAGUUGUUACUUCAUCUCCAUCAGAAACUGCUAGCAGCAGUGCCACUUUAAAUUCUACAGAAACUAGUAACUUCCAAGUCACAAAUUCUCAAGUCGAAAUGUUCUCUAAUAAUCCAGAUAAUGUUGAAGUUGAAAUGGCCACAGGUGAAAGGGUGAGUCUAACAUCUCUUAAGGAACUUCUACGACGACAGUUGGAAUAUUAUUUUUCUCGAGAAAAUCUUCAAACUGAUGAAUAUCUUCAAUCUCAAAUGGACAGCGAUGGCUAUGUUGCUAUUAGCACAGUUGCUAAGUUUAAUCAAGUUCGACGACUGACAGAUAAUCACAACCUUGUAGUGGAAGUUCUUAGAGAAUCUGCUGUAGUCCAAGUAGAUGAAGCUGGUGAGAAGGUUCGUUCAAACCCUCGCUCUGGCGUCUUGAUACUGCGAGAGAUUCCUGAAUCUACUCCUUUAAAGGAACUUGAAGAGCUGUUUAGUAGUGAAAAUUGUCCAAAAUUUUUACGGUGUGAAUUUGCCCAUAAUAACAGUUGGUAUGUGUUGUUUGAAUCUGAUGCUGAUACACAAAAAGCCUAUCAAUAUUUAAGAGAAGAAGCCAAAACUUUUCAUGGGAAACCAGUUAUGGCUCGUAUUAAGGCUAAAGCAUUUACGUCGGCUCCUUUUACUAAUGCAUAUAAAAAUGGAGCUCCUACUACAAUGGAACCAGAGUCUUAUAACACUCAAAAUGUAAACCAGGCGCCACAAACUCCUCUUCAAUAUACUUAUACUAAUGUUCCAAAUGAUAGCUAUAAUAAUCAACAGGUUUGUCCUCCAUUUUAUCCCCCAACUAUGCUCCAAACAUGGGCACCAACUACUCCAGCCUGUGUUGACCUGGGGACUGUUCUUUCAGUUAAUGGCCUUUCUCCUCAGGCAGCUUUCAGACCAUUAAAUAAUAGCUCAAACAGACACAACUAUGCAUCUAGAGACAAUGAGCAAAGCAGGUAUUUUAACCGAAACCAGUCAGCAUCCUAUCUUCAAAGACAGCAACUUCAUCAGCAGGCUUCUUUUCCAAAUAUUGUGAAUACCAAUAAUUGUACUUUUGAUUAUGUGCCCUAUGCAUCACGAUCAAGAAACAUACAUAAUUUUGGUGUGGACAUGAGCUUUUUUACUGCUCCCAAUUUGUAUUAUAACAAAUUGCCAUCUAUUUAUCCUGCACACACCUCGCAAACACGGCACAACCCGGUUAUAGUGCCAAGAAAUCAAGUGGGUAUUGGUGCAAUAAAUAGUCAAGACCAAAGUUACCUCUCGGUGGGGAACAAUGCGUCUUUGGCCUAUUCCCGGGAUUCGGGAACCUCUGCAAAUACUUCUUCAAAACAGGGUGGUGAAAAUCAAACCAGAGAAAACUGGAUGAAUGCCAACAGACAACGAAAUAAAAGAUGGUGGAAAGAAAAUGGACCUUCCAACAGUGGUAGAAAUUAUUCCGAAAACUCUAAUGGAACAUUCAAUAAGUCUCAAACUGAAAAUGAAGCUAAACCAGAGUCUCCCAAAUUUGAUUUAGAAACAACAUCAUUUCCUCCUCUUCCUGGCAGUGCUUGCUUGGAAACUGUUGAUGUUGAUGUCUAUGAGAGUAGGUUGUCUGAUAUAGUUAAAGGGACUGUUAAGCCUGCUACACGAGACACUAAAACUCAAACCUCUGAAUCUGCUCUGGUUUGCACAACUAAAGAUAGCUCCACUAUCACUGUAGUUGAUGAAGCAGUUAUUCCCACUGAUGGUGCCUUCACUCCUCCUGCAUCACCUGAAUCUGUCAAAGAGACGGUGACCAUGAAUGAUGCAUUAAUCGUAGAUAACUUUCAAGAACCUGAUGAUUGGGAAGAAUAUGCUGAUUCUCCCAAUAAUAGCACUCCUUCCAACACCAGUAUUAAUAUAAACAGUGUUGUACCUGAGGUACAAACAACAUUCAGUGCAAGUAAUACUCCUGCCUUUCUAUCUGUGUCUACAAACUCUAUGAUGAAUGGCUCUGUUACAAUGACUGAAAGUGCCACCAGCACUACCUCUUUGCCUGACACUGAACCAAUCACAAAUGUUCCUAGUGAAAUUGUAAAUGAAAGCAAACAAACUGCUACUGUUAAAUUGCCAAAAGCAAAACAGUUUGACUCUCUGCCGAAAAAUAGGCCACUGUGUGAUACUCCUUCACCAAAGAAUAAGACUCCAGACUCAUCCUCAGUGAAGAACAAAUUUGAUACGUUUAAAGACAGAUCAUCAGUAAUCCCUAAGCACAGUAGGACAUUUUCAAAUAGUAAAGAAAGUUCCUUUAAAGAGAGAGUUAAUGACGUUAUGCCCCCUACUUCGAAAACUAUUGAGCAUAAUGUAUCAAAUAAGUGUGCUGAGGUGGUGUGUUCUGUCAAGGAUAAGACUUCGAAAAGGGUGCUAGAGUCUAAUUCAAACAAAAAUAAAACAUCAGAGCCAGAGUCAUCUUUGUUGUCUGUUAAUGGGCAUGCUGAUAGUGAAUCUACUGCAAGCAGUGAAGAUGAAAAACCCUUCAGAAAAUUAACCUAUUCUGAAGUUGCUAUGCGUGCCAAAGAAAAGGUAGAGAAAAUUGCACAAGAACUUAAAGAAAAAGAACGACAAGAAGCCAUGGUACGCCAACACAGGCAGCAGGAUGUAGUCACUCAGAAUAGACAACCGGCACCUCGUGGACCUUUCAGAGAAUUUCCCAGAGGACGAAUUGUUGAAGCCCGUCCGGGUUCGAAAGAAUGGAAAGAACGAAGAAAACCUGCCAGAGCCAUAUCUCUUCCAGCAACUGGGCAAUAAAAACUGCCAAUACAACCCUUCUAUAAUAAUGAAGGCUCAUGACAUGCAUAAAUAAACAAAUUGUGAUUUAUUUUGACUCAAUGGCAGAAAAUUAACUGUUUCCUCACAAGUGAAGUGUUUAGCUUGCUGUAUUAACUUCCUGUGAGAAAUUGCUUCACAACUGUUGGCUCUUAGUUUUGUAUUUGGAUAUGUUGACAAGCUCAGUUUUUAAGAGUUUUGAUUGAAAUGAAAGUUUAAAAAAUGUCUAGGUGCUACCAUCAGAAUCCAGCAAAAAAGAGUCCAUCAGUAAUGUGAGGCAUUUGUAAAUAGAGAAUUGGGAGAAAUUAUUUUCCUUAUCAAGGUGCCUCCAUAACAAUACUUGAUGAGAUUAUUUAAGCACUUGGGACUUACAACUAGAUCUAUCACUGUGCUGUAGCAAAUGAUGCGCAAAUGCAAAAUUAAAUUAUGAAAAAAGAAAGUUUUUGUUUUCCUAUGUUACUAAGUUGAUUGGAAGGAGCUUCCAUCUUUAUCAUUGGUGCUGUUGCACUAAAAUUAAAACACCUGUACUCCACUUGGACAUAGUUAUGCUGUAUCCAAUGUAGGAUCUAAAAUUUAUUUGGAAUAUUUAAUUUGUCACAUAUCUAUUUAAAGUUGUUUUGUUUGUUGACAGGUUUGGAAAUUUAACUUACUCCUCUCAUGUGUUAUUCAUUGAAAGAAGAAAAACAUUGGGAGGGUAAUCCUGGACUAAAGCAUUAAUCAUGUGGCUGUUUUGAAAUAUGCCGCAUGCUGACUCUUGUAUUGUGAUUUCUAGUCCAAAUUUAUGCAUUUGUUGCAUCGGCAUAAUGUGAAAUCAAAAAAUGUGAAAGCCAAACAAAUGAAGACUUAUAAAGUGUAAAUUUGUUAUCGUUUUUUCGUAAAACUUUGUCGAACUUAUUUCCCCCUUAGGGUUAUAGAGACCCAUAUGUGAUAAUAUAUGCCUUAAUUAAGUGUGGGGAUAUCUUUUGUGAAUUAUUAAUAACUUCAAAUACAUGUGUAACUUGUAAUUGCUUGUAUGAAAAGGACUGUGUAGGUUGUGGUUCUGUAUGAUUGUAUGCUCUGAGUAUUUUUCCCCCCUGUUUGAGUUGCAGUUCUUAAGCUAUUGUGUGGAUCAAUUUUUUUUCACUAAAUUAUCAUCCAUCUUUUGCUAUUUGGUGUCUCACAGCUUGAUAACUGCAAGUUUGUUUNGUUGUUUUUUUUUUUUUUUUUUUUUUUUUCAACUGAUCUUUUUUCCCUUUUACUUUCGUGUGACAUUCAUUUUGAAACAUUUUAUGUGAAUAUUUAUACUCCAGCAGUGUGGAGGGUCCACAUGUUUUUUUUUUUCCCUGCUGGAUCCCCUUCCCCUUUUAAUGUACUUAUUAAAACAUAAAUUGAAUUUGUGUGAUUGUGCGAAUAUGUAAAGAAAAGUUUCAGAUAUUGAUUGAUAACUCACCAUUACCUAAAUGCUGCUAUUCUGAUUGCUUUACUUGAGCUGUAACAAAGCAGUAUUGUACAUAAUGAACCAUAGCAAGAUUUAUGACAAAAAAAAAUUAUAGCUGCUAGUGUGUUAUCUUCUGCACUGCAGGGAUUCUAGUGAGACAGAUAGUCGCAGCAGAUGAACGUAGCAGUUUCCUCUAUAUAAGAGAUUAUACCUGCAUUAUCAUAAACAAUAGUAAUGCAGUGCUUUUUCUAACCCAUCAUUGUCAGUAAUUGACAUUAUUGUAGCUAAAAGAAAAUUUGAUUAUUUUUUUACUUCAAAAGGACAAUAAUCUGUUUAUACCAUUAGUUGCUUUAAAACGAAAAACAAAGAUCAUAAUCUCAAAUCUCAUUUGUGUAUUUAUAGUACCAAAGAAGGGGUUAAGCAAAUUGUUAGCUGACUAAUAAGCAGCAAUUGUAUCUGCAAUAUAGCAUUUUGCUACUCGGAAGAGAAAAAAAUAAAUCGUUGUUAAAUGUAAAUCACUGCUUAUGGUGUUGCACAAAUCUGCUUGUAUCUACAUUGACUGACAAAUCAUCUAGCUUUGGGAAAGAGACAAAAAUAAAAGAUCAUAGCAAUGUUGUGCUUUAAAUAUAUCAUAUUUGUUUUAAAUUUCUCUGGACUUGGAAGAAAUGUGUUUUGUUAAAAAUGAAUUUUAAUAUUUUGAGAAACACCUUUUUGUAGUAGUUUACCAUUUCAUGAAUCCAAUGAAACAUCUAUGCAAUAUAAACUUAAAAGCUUACGGAUGCAUGCUUCAACUUGUAUGCCAUGUGGAAAGUUAUUUGUUUCAAUCCAAUGGCUGUAUGUUGCCCUCAGGUUUUCAUGAUACAAAAUAGAAAAAGUAAAACCAUAAAGACAUAAACUUACAUAUUUCCUAUUCUAUGUUAUUUUUAUAUACACAGCCAUAUUCGAAUUUAUUGGGUGACUUUUGUUUAUCAAUGUUUUGUCUUAAAAUUAUAUUAGCUGAAUAUAACAUAGUUUAUUUAGUGUGUUAUCACCAACUAGACUGUCAUAAUUUCAUAUCAAAAUUCAACAUUAUUUGCUUUGCAUAUUACAAAUUUAGAAUACAGUUUCAUUAGUUUGGUUUGCAGAGAUAACAAAUCCACAGCUAACAUUGGGUGUAAAAGAAAAGAUAAUAUUUAAAUUGUUCCAAAAUUUAAUCUUUUUUUUUAAUAUUCCUAAUUUAAAUGUUAUCUCCUUACAUGUUUGACAUAGCUGUUUUAGGAGACAUUACUGAAUAAAUCGGCUGUAUUUUUAUUUGUUGUGUUAGGUUUUUAACUUGGCUGUACAGAAUUCUUUCUUAUUGCGUACUUAUUCAUCAAUAAUGAUAAAGUGUGAAUUUAUCCAUAUUUGACUGAUUGAAUAGGAAAUAUAUAUAUAAAAUUCUUCAAAGAAAUACCUGAAUAACUAAAUAAAUAUUAUCGGAUUUC